AUGUUACAAAUCAAGAAACUGUCUGAAGUGUUUCCAUGUUCUGAAACUCAAAAAGUUAUAUUGGCCACAUACACUUUGAAAGACGAAGCCCGACGUUGGUGGAUGCUUAUCCGAGAUAAUAAUGGGGCUUUAACUUGGAAUCAAUUCAGAGAGAUCUUCUACGAAAAAUACUUCCCUCAGUGUUUCCGAGACCGAAAGGUGUUCGAGUUUGAACCCUUAAAGCAAGGUAGCAUGCCUGUGGCUGAAUAUGAAGCCAAAUUUAUUGAGUUAGCCCGAUUUUCCCCACACAUGGUGGACACAGAUUAUAAGAAAGCUCGAAAAUUCGAAGGAGGACUGAAUCUGGAUGUGUUUGAUUGGGUUGGUGUAUUGAAAUUGCCUAAAUAUGUGAAUGUACUUGACCGAGUUAUGAAGAUAGAAGCUAACUUGGCCGCUAUGAAACAAACUAAAGCUCCAACAACUGAAUGGAGAGGCAAAAGAUUUGGGUACAAUUUCAGAAAGGGCCGCUUAUUUGCAAUGAAUAAGAAGCAAAACAUAGGGUCUACUAGCAGCUCAAGUCAAAGUAGUGGGUCUACACUUGUUUGUUUUGAAUGUGGAAGAAAACAAAAGGGUGUCUAUUAUCGUGCAACUGGUAUUUGUUUCCGAUGUGGAAAAACUGGCCACAUAAUAAAAGAUUGUCUGCUUAGGUCCGAUAAUGCCAACCGUUCUACGACAAGUUCAGCCGAAUCCGCUUCUGCACCAAGAUCAAAUGUGCGAACCAAUACUAGGAGAGAAACUUUAAGGCAAGGUCGAGUAUUUACACUUGUGCCUGGUGAUGUGCAGAGCACUAACUCAGUAGUGUCAGGGAAGAACAUGAAGAUCAUUUAA